AUGGGCACAAGUUUGAUACACAUUGAGCUAAAUGAAAUGUUUGAUAAUUUACUGAAAAAUUAUGAUGAGAAACGUUUAAUGGUGAAUGAUGAAACUAAAUUUCUCAAUUACAUUCAAUAUAAAUUUGAUUGCUGUGGUAAAUUAAAUGUUGAAGAUUUGUUAGAUCGUAAACCAAUUAUUGCAUGUGGAAUGAAACCAAUUGAAAAGAAGGGAUGUUUAACGAAAGUUAUUGGCACGACAAAAUCCGGUCAAUUUCGUAUUGCAUUUGUUAGCAUCUGUAUAGCAAUGUGGCAGUUUUUCGGUAUCAUUAUUUACUCCUUCUUUACUUGUUCAAACUGGAAUAAUCAAAAUCACCAUCAUCAUUUUGAUUAUUAG